AUGUACAGCGCCUAUCCGGGUGAGCAACAUGAUUUGCGAUGGGUUACUGUAACCUUGACCUCCAUCGCUACCAUUCUCUUGAUAUGUCGCUUGUCCAUCACAUUCAAGAAUAGGGGCUGGUUGGGGAUCGAAGAUGCACUGGUCAUUACAGCAAACAUGUGGCUGAUAGCCUUCGCCAUAUGCGUCUAUAUGGCUACAAUCUAUGGAUUUGGACUGAAAGGUGCCGACAUAGAAAAGUCUGGCGGUAACUUUAAGAAGGCGAUCAAGUUCUUCUGGCUCACGCAAGUCUUCUACACUCUGACGAAUGGCUUCAACAAAAUGGCUUUCAUUGCCUUGUACUACCGCGUGUUCCCCAUGCCCCGCUUUCGACUGAUCUGCAAGAUCUUCGGUGCGGUAUCAGUUGGAUGGACGAUAUCAUACAUAUUCGUUGUGAUCUUCCAAUGUACACCGAUAGCCCGCGUGUACGAUCGUUCAAUACCAGGAACAUGUAUCAGCUUCUUUGGACACCGCUGGUCCAACGCAAUCACAAAUCUCAUCACUGACAUCGCAAUAUUCAUCCUUCCAAUGCCAAUCAUCGUGCGCCUCAACAUGUCUCUGGGCUCACGAGUUGGCCUUGUAGUCCUCUUCUCCAUGGGUUUCUUCAUCUGCUUAACGACCGCUCUUCGCAUGGGAACGCUGCCGUUGACCCUCAGAACCAAGGACCCCACCUGGGAGUCUGCUCCAACAAAUCUAUGGAGCUUCAUCGAAGCUGCGACUGGCGUCAUUUGCGCAUGUCUGAUUAGUCUGCGCAAAGCUAUCGCGGCAUUGUGGCCCAGAAAAUGGAGAAGUACCAGGGGGGCAAGCAGUGGGUAUCAGCAGUAUGGCAACAGCAGACCUACAGGCAAUGCUCUCAGUGCGGCAAGGGGACCAGGAGGAACGGACACCUCCCAUUCCUAUGCCAUGGGCAAUGUUAAGAGCGGGAGCAGGGGGCGGCCAGACACAUAUGCAGACAUCAGCCCUAGCGAGAGCCAGGAACACAUCAUGGAGGGCAAAAAAACAGUAGCACACAUUACGACGAGCCGGCCUCGAAGUAGUGAGAGCGGAAGUGAGGACCUUGUUUUCGAGGGCAUCACCGUCACUACGGAUGUCAAGGUCGUUCGGGAGUAA